AUGCUCGAUGUGAGUAUUACUACGAAGAUGUUGGACAUAUUCGCGCCGAAUCAGACCAUGGCGCAGGAGUGGCUGCCUGGGCAAGGCAUCUCAAAGACGUACGCCGAUGAGAUCUUGACUGGAAUAGUUCGCAACACAUACGGACAGAACCUGUCCAUGCAUACGCUGGGUCUGUUGGUCUCUGCCAUUGGAAGUGACUCCAAUCUGUACUCUGGUAGGUACAUAUGUGCACUGUGGUCUCACACAUGCCUGCGUACGUACAAAGCCAUGUGCAUGGUGUUGUGUUGGGCGCAACACUUUGGGAAGGAGAGAUUGCCCACGCACUCGGUGGGACUGUCAUCGGCUGCCAUUGAGAUUGAGUAAGCGGCAAA